CCGCCAAUAACCCACAAUCACGAAGAAGACAAAGUAAAGAGGAACUGUCUGUGGAUCCAGGAGUUCCCAUAUUUACGAAUUAAAGGGCCAAAUUACAAAAAGAAAAUUGAAGUUCCGCAUCUUAAGUGCUAACUAUAUGACAACCCUGUGCAUCGUGUGAUAAAGGUUAUACACGGCCAGGAGUGAUAAUCUCCUGCAAUGUUCACCGACAUGGACUACGAGUUGGAGGAGGACAAACUUGGGAUACCAACAGUCCCUGGUACAGUGACGCUGAAGAAAGAUGCUAAUAAUCUUAUCGGUAUCAGCAUUGGUGGCGGGGCACAAUACUGUCCUUGCCUCUACAUUGUCCAGGUCUUUGAUAACACUCCGGCAGCUCUGGAUGGGACGCUGGCAGCCGGGGAUGAAAUCACAGGCGUGAACGGGAAACCGGUGAAAGGAAAGACUAAAGUGGAGGUGGCCAAGAUGAUUCAAGCUGUCCAGGGAGAAGCAAUAAUUCACUACAACAAACUGCAAGCUGACCCGAAACAGGGCAAGAGUUUGGAUAUAGUGCUGAAAAAAGUCAAACAUCGCCUGGUAGAGAAUAUGAGCUCAGGCACAGCAGAUGCUCUCGGACUCAGUAGAGCUAUUCUAUGCAACGAUGGACUGGUCAAGAGACUGGAAGAGUUGGAGAAAACAGCAGAACUCUACAAAGGCUUGAUGGAGCACACAAAGAGGCUACUCAGAGCUUUCUUCGAGCUUUCUCAGACUCACAGAGCGUUUGGAGAUGUUUUUUCUGUCAUUGGAGUACGAGAGCCCCAGGCUGCAGCCAGUGAGGCGUUUGUGAAGUUUGCAGACGCUCACCGCAGCAUCGAGAAAUACGGCAUCCAGCUGCUAAAGACCAUCAAACCUAUGCUCCAUGAUCUGAACACGUAUCUUCACAAGGCCAUUCCAGACACAAAGCUCACCAUCCGCAAGUACCUGGAUGUGAAGUUUGAAUAUCUGUCAUACUGCCUCAAAGUGAAGGAGAUGGACGAUGAAGAAUACAGCAGCAUUGCGAUGGGAGAGCCUCUGUAUCGUGUCAGCACCGGUAACUACGAGUACCGCUUGGUGCUGCGGUGUCGACAAGAGGCCCGUGCUCGCUUCGCCAAGAUGAGGAAGGACGUUCUGGAGAAGAUAGAACUGCUGGAUCAGAAACAUGUUCAGGACAUUGUGUUCCAGCUGCAGCGCUUCGUCUCGGGCAUGUCGCACUACUACGACGAGUGCUACGCCGUCCUGAAGGAGGCGGACGUCUUCCCCAUCGAGGUGGACCUGUCCCGCACCAUGAUCAACUACAGCAGCCCGUCGCUGUCCUACACGGAAGACGAGGACGAGGAGGGAGGAGGAGGAGGAGGAGAGGAAGAGGGAGGCAGUGCGGGCAGACAGGCAGAGAACGGGGCAGAGAAACUGAUCGAUGACGAAUGAAAACUGAUCGAUGACGUGUGUCUGUGUGCUGUUGUUGAGCGCCACUCCAUUAACAGCACUCGUAUUGAAUGUCAGCACACUAAUCAAUAUAGCAACUGAAACCACUGUUGACACAAAGGUGAAUACUACUUAUAACUGCUGCUAGAAUGAUGUAUAUUGGUCUUUUGGUGGUUGAUUUUUUCCCCCAGAAUCCAAUCAAGUCAGUUGCGUUUGUUCACUACGUAACUUUACCUUUAUAUAUUUUGACUAAACAGUCUCCCCUUUCCACAUAGCUGACCAAAAGUCCAUCCAUUCUGACGGGAAGUUUUCAUUCAUCUGUAAAGAAAUCCUCAUGUUGAACGCCAAGUGGCAAACUCCACCUGUUAUAUUAUUAUUAUAAAGCUGUGUGGAAAUGAGGUGUUUAAAUCUGCUUUAUUUUGGAGAAUUGAACAUAAAUGUGUCCAGGAUAUCACCUUGUACAGAGGUGUAUACAAACACUGGAUUAUUUUCAGUGAUGAGAUAUUUACUGAAUUUAACAAAAAACUUGAUUGAAGUUGAAUUGUAUAUUCUCUGAAAACCUCUUUUUUUCUUUUUUUUGUGUCACCAACCCACAAUAUCAGCUGUAUGACUGUGAGAGACACAACUAACUGAAGGCGGCUAUUUUUAUGCGAGUGCUGUAGGUGGCUUUUCAUGCAGCGGAGUGGGAUCUAGAAGUAUAUGAGGUGUGCCUUCUUUGCUCUUUGUAUAAUGAAGUCUAAAGGCUCUGGGCUGGGUCUCACUGUGCAAAUCUAUGGAAUGUUAAUAUUUUCAUUUUUUUUGUAAUUUUCUUUACUGCAACCUCGCUAUGAUUUAUUUAUCUACCUGGAAUGUUGCGUUAUAAAUGUGCUGCUGUUUCUGAAAGGGACCAGUUGGUAAUUUCUGCUCCUACAUGAAUGGUUUGUUACACAGAGCCUUUGUUUUUUUCCUAAUUAUUACACUUUCUGUUGGUUAACAAGGGGGAACAUUUACAUCACAGUCUUUUUUUUAUGUUCAGUCUAUUUCAUCUUCUCAUACUGCAUGCUUCAAGUUAUUAAUUUAUCAUAAUACACAAUUUUUCCUCCCAUGCUGUGGAAACACUACAUGUAGAUUGGUAUAUUUAUAUAUAAGGGAAACGGGUGUAAGAACUCAGCUGUUUUAAAUUCGCUUUUGACUUCCACUUUAUUUAUUUUCAUCUAAAUAUAUUUAAGACUUUUAUUGACCAAAUUUUCUUCCAUGUUGCAAGUAAUUGAGUCCAUGUUUUCUGUUAACUUUCACUAGGGGGCAGCAUCACAUCGCUGCACUGCAGGAGUGAUUGCAUAGUGAACUUUUUCCUUGUGUUAUUGUUGUGCUUUUCUGAAUAACUGGAAAUUAAUGAAAGGGAUUCCUGUAUGUUUUUUGUUAACACAGGUGGGUUAAUUAGCCACUACAACAUAUUAGCUGCAGUUUAAGUCGAUUUUGAGAGGAAUUUAAAACCAGCUAUGUAAUCUGUUUGGUUUGUACCAUAAACCAAAAAUGAGCACUUAAAGUUAAAAUGUUCGGCCUAUUUUAAAAGGAUGCUGUUUUAUUUUUUAAAUCAAUGUCAAGUUAUAUGAUUAUUUAAAUUGCUUUAUUUUAACUUUUUUGUGUCGAUUGCGCAGAGGUAGUGUUCGUGAAAGUGUAAAAUAAUAUAUCAAAUAAAGUCAAAUGUAUAUAA